ACUUGUAUUUUCUCUCUUCCUCUGAAUUGAUCUCUUAGAUUUCAAAAAAUGGAUUUGAGCUUACAUAUGUACAUUCUUUAGAAUCUCCUCUUUAGUUGCAUCUGCAAAUUCUUUAUACUCCCUUCUUUCAGAUAGGAAUCACACGCACACGCUCAUAAAUAGAUAGAGAGAGUAGAGAUAAUGCAUGUAUUGUGAAUUUAUUAUAGAGUAAUUUUGGGUCUUCUUGUUCUGUUGAUCUGUUCUACAACGUGUUUGACGAAAUGUCUGAUAGAAAAUCGACCUUCUACUUCUAUUGUUGAUAAUUCUCAGGACAAUGUUAAUUGAAUUGAUGCAGGUCUUAAUUUCUUUUGAUUAAGAACAAAACAAGUCAUUCUUCCAAGAAAUGAUUAUGCUUCAGUUGUUUGGGAACUAGUUGAAGCAGUUGACUGAUGACCAGUUGUAAUUGAAGAAUAAAGAAAAAGGAGGGUGCAAAAAUCUGUUCUUUUUCCAUUUGAGUUUAAAAUAAAUACCCACUGAUGGAUGAAUCAUCUUCCAUGCCAGAUGAAAUGGAAGUAGAUCAAGAAUUCUCAGACAUAACUCUCCGGCUUCUAGACAUCUCAGACGUAGAUGACUUCAUGACAUGGAUAACAGAUGAUCGGCUAAAACAUUUCUGGUCUGGCAAUAACUUUCAAACGAGGAUUGAUGCUUUGGAUUACAUAAGAAAAGUUAUCAUCCCCCAUUACUGGUACAGGUCCAUAUGCUUAAACAACCGCCCUAUCGGAGCAGUUACAAUAACCGAGAAGGAUAGUUCGAGUGCUGAGCUUGGAUACGUUAUAGCUUCUAAGUAUUGGGGAAAGGGAAUUGUCACACAUGUGCUGAAACUGGUAACUUCGACCAUAUUUUUGGAGUUAUCUCAGUUGGAGAGACUCGAGGCAAUGGUAGAGGUCGAAAACAAGGCAUCCCAGAGGGUACUGGAGAAGGUUGGUUUUCAAAGGGAAGGAGUUUUGAGAAAGUAUUUGUUAUUCAAAGGUGAAAGAAGAGAUAUGGUUAUGUUUAGUCUUCUUUCUACUGAUCUUAUCCCUCAAUAUUCAUGACUCUUUUAUAGUUGAAAUUUUACCACAGAAAAAAGUUGAUUGAUUGAGCCUAUUUGAAAACUCUUAUUUUGUCACAAUUACAUAUUAAAUCAUGUUCUAAAUUAUAGUAUGCUUUUUUGAUUAAUUUUGUAAUGAGAUUGUUUUUCAAUCUAGAUUAUUGUGAUUUUUGACAAUUAUGUACAUUAUGGCAACUGUCUCUUCCUCCUAAUGGCAUUAUUGUUAUCUGGAUUAAUCUUUUUCGUUAAGUUCUUCUGAAAAAUGUUCAAGAUACACAUGCUCAUUAAACAGUGUGGUUAAUAUAACCAAUGGCAAUGUUUUAUUUAAAAUGGAAAGAGGUACAAAGAAGCCUCUUUAGUCAUACAAAACCAAAUCACCUCUGAAAAGGUUCACACAAAAAAAUAGAGGAUGAAUAAUAAUGUGUAGAAUCAAACGAGCGAUAUGGUAGAAUAUGCAAUAAACAGGGCGAAGAAGAUCAUGGACGUUGCGAUCUUGGAAGAACUAGCAUCUGAUGAGCCACUAUCAGUUGUUGGUAUAGUCUUGGACCCAGAAUCUACAACAUAUAAAUGUUCUUACCAUUGCAGCGGCUGAGGGGUGGAGUUUGAACAUUGCAAGAAGUAGGGAGAGCAACAGCUCGAGUCCGAUCAAUGUUAAGGCCAGAAGAGCCACCGCCAUUGAGGGCCUCACAGAGGCAUUGUGGUUGUGAUCGAACAACAUUUGCGAGCUGAGAGCAGCAGCUAGAAGAUGGAGUGGAAGAGUUACCGGAAAGGUAGUUGAGGCAUGGAGAUAAGCUGAUCAACACAGAAGUGCAAGCUGAAGAUGUUUGAGCCAUGGCUCCUCCUAUGCAGAACAUGGCCAACAAGGCUAUGGCGAAACUCAUCUCAGUUCUCGGAAAGGCCAUUGUUUGUUUGAACUUCUCAAGAUUGAAGAUAUAAUGUCAGUUGGAUGAUGAAUUGAUGAUCUUGUUGAUUCUUGGCUUGGUGAAAUGUUGUAGUUUUUAUAGUGGUAUUUUUGAAGGAAAAGAGAUAAAAUGUGGGUGACUGACCGCUCCUACCAAUGUGUUGUAAGACUUUAAAUGUAUGUUCCUAAUACUUUUUUUUUUUGUUUUUUACUUUAUAAAGAAAAUUAUUGUUUGGUAUA